UGCGUUCCUUUCAACCUGCGUCACGGAAGUGCAGGUCAAUCCUGGAAAAUUACUCGCGUCACGCUUGCGCAUUACUUAACGCUCUCGUGCAGUGUUUAACGCGUUUGUGCACUUAAGGCGCUUGCGCAUUGUUUUGUUAUAUUUCGGGUAACUGUGGCAGAAUGUUCCGGCAGGAUGUUUCGGUACCACGAUUUCUGUGUGUUGAGACACAAUGACGUGAAGUGACGAUUUGUGUGGACGGUGCGUGAGGACAGCAGGUGUUUUUUAACCUAGGAAGUGGUGAUCAGAAGAGGAAGAUGUUGCCCUAUCAGAUGGCCAUGGACUACGGGGGUUUCCAGCGACAAAGCCCCGUUGGAGUUGGACCGGUCGGUGGUCCUCAUCAAGGGACCGCCGGGGCGCUCAACAUCAACCCCGCUUUCACGCACUCCUGCAUCCUUGAACUGCGGAAAGAGAAAAGCAGAGACGCGGCGAGGUCACGUCGUGGGAAGGAGAACUACGAGUUCUACGAGUUGGCGAAAAUGUUGCCUCUGCCAGCGGCCAUAACCUCCCAGCUGGACAAGGCCUCCAUCAUAAGGCUGACUAUCUCUUACCUCAAACUCCGAGACUUUUCGGGCCACGGAGAUCCCCCGUGGAGCCGGGACGGACCACCUCCCAACAAGUCUGUUAAAGGUGCAAAUCGAGUGAGGUCACCUGCCUCUAUAGCAGUAGACAUAUUCGAACAGCAUCAAGGCACCCACAUACUCCAGUCGCUGGACGGCUUCGCGAUGGCUGUGGCUGCAGAUGGACGGUUCCUCUAUAUUUCGGAAACUGUCUCAAUUUACCUCGGUCUUUCCCAGGUGGAAAUGACGGGAUCGAGCGUUUUCGACUACGUUCAUCGGGAGGACCAUGCAGAGGUUGCUGAGCAACUUGGACUUGGGUUAUCCUCGCCAACGAGUUCUUCAGCUCCUCAUUCCUCUAGUUCCGGCCUAGCUUCCCCCAGCAGUGGUGCAUCCGAAGAACAUGGUUCGUCAUCCACAGCAAAUCCUGACGUUUCAUCUGUGAUGUCGUUAACGUCAAGUGGUCUUUAUAAAGGAUACGACCGAGCAUUUUGCGUGAGGAUGAAGUCCACACUAACAAAAAGAGGAUGUCAUUUUAAGUCUUCCGGCUACCGGGUGGUCUUAUUACUCUGCCGUUUGAGGCCGCAAUUUACAUUCAGCCAUUCCAGAAAGUCUGCCCCACCAUUAAUGGGUAUGGUUGGCUUGGCAAUCGCCCUUCCACCUCCCAGUGUACACGAGAUAAGACUAGAAACGGAUAUGUUUGUAACCAGGAUCAACUUUGACUUUCGGAUAGCACACUGUGAACCAAAAGUAUCAGAGCUUCUGGACUACACAGCAGACGAACUAACAGGAAUGAACCUCUACAAACUCUGCCACGGGGAAGACGCGAAUCGUCUAAGAAGUUCCCACUUUGACUUAAUUAAGAAAGGUCAAGUUCUGACGCAUUAUUACCGGCUGAUGAACAAAAGUGGAGGCUACACCUGGUUGCAAACUUGUGCGACAGUGGUCUGCAAUUCGAAAAACGCAGAAGAGCAAAACAUAAUUUGCGUCAACUAUGUCAUCAGUGGCCGUGAAUACGAGAACCUAAUUAUGGACUGCUGCCAGCUUGAAAGUGGUGUCACGGGUGUUAAGCGAGAGGACGCUGCCGGUAAUGACCCUGAGAAUGGUUCACCGGAUGCUGACAGAGGAGAAGGUCGAAGUAGUGGAGGUCCAGCAACGAACCAGCAUCCUGAACACUCUCACCAUUCUCCCCCCGAAGACAAGGAAGACACCCGGGGCUCAGAAGGUGAAACUCGAGGAGGAAGAAAUCACGACAACAUGGCUCAACUUCAACAACAGGAACCCCAGGCAGCCACGAAUAUCGGCUCCCUGGCUGUCAAAAUGCGAGCCAGUAAGCGGAAAUUGGUCCAGGAAGAGGAGAGCAGUUCCGGAGAAGAGGACGAGGAAGACGAGUCUGUGCCGAAGACUCCAAAUGGAAGAAGUCACGCUCUGAGUCCAGCCUCUUCAAAUCACUCGCUUCCAACAACCGAGCAGCAACAACUGAGUGCUCCGAGUCCCAAGACCCGGAGGACGGAAAUCCGACCCGAACCUCCGGAAAAUCCUCCAGGAGUGAGUGCUUCUGUCAAGGACAUAGAGCAGGCGAUGUCCAAACAUCUUCCUGGAGCUUCUUUGAGCAAGCCGGACUCGCCGGCGAUUCAUCAACCCACGGAUUUUAGCACUGAUGCCUUGCUGAAACAGCAACAGCAGAGGAGCACUAUCCAGUGGAUUGGGGCUCAUCAUCAUCUGGGACAUCCGAGUCCCCAGCAACCUACCACUCCGUCUCUUCCGGCUUCUGCUCUUCUCAGGCAUCUCUAUGCGACGAAUAGAGAAAGUGUUAUUCGUGCCAAUGUUCAGGGCAUCACCUCAAGUGGAACACGAGCACCAUCCUCAGGAGGAGGUUACUACACCGAAAAUGGGCAAAACGGACCUUUGCCAACACCCCCAGGAUCCGAAGGGUCUUCAACCUACGGAGAACACCAAUUCGUUCUCGCAGCUCACAAUCAAAAAGGCCCCGGCACGAGUAACUCUGACGCCUUUACGAGUCUCGUUUCCUCCUACUCAUCAGCAGGUGGUUAUGCUGUUGAUUAUCAUUCCGCGAUGACUCCACCCUCCUCAGUCUCACCUCGAGACAAACAACAGCAACAGCAGCAACAGCAACAAUUACAUUCUGCUAGUGUCGUGAGCAGCUACGAAUCCGCGAUCUACGGGGACCCGGUUCUCCGGCAUCAGUACGAACCUGCACAACCCCUUCCUCUAAAACCUCAAGUUUAUUCUGCAGCUGUUCAUCCUAGCGCCCUGGAUGCCGCCGCAGCCUACGCUUCUGCAAGCCUCGGCGAACAACCCCAAUUUUAUCACCAUCCAGCUGGUCCCGGGUUUCAUUUGUACCAUCCGACGAACAAGACUGCGGCGAAUAGCUGGUACAGCUCUGCCUCUUAGUAGCUUCCUCCAAGAACGGCUCGUACUUAAUCAUUUAAUUAAGUGACGCAAUCGGACAGUGCCCAUUUGAUCUCGGGCCCCUCACGCAAUCGUGGAAAUCGGUCCCUCGCGCAACUAAGGAAUUGGUCCCUCGCGCAACUAAGGCAUUGGUCCCUCGCGCGACCCCCUCACUCUUACUGUACGUAAU